AUGCCUACCCUUGCGCUCACAAACUUCAACAUCGUGGUCGGCCUGCUGGGGGGCUGGAUCUCGUUGUUCGGGCUGGUGUCGUUCCUAUGCAAGGAGACAUAUUACCUCUCCGAAGCCCUGAUAUCCCUCUUGGCGGGCGUCGCCUUCUCCCCUUCGGCGGCAAACCUCAUCAGACCGCUAGACUACGCAGGCACUCCGGCCAACGUCGAGGCCGUCACGCUCGCCUUCUCGCGCCUCGUCCUUGGCGUCCAGCUUGUUCUCGCCGGCGUCCAGCUGCCGAGCAGGUACCUCCGCACGCAGUGGAAGCCCAUGGCCUUGCUCGUCGGGCCCGUCAUGACAUGCAUGUGGAUCGCGACAAGCCUUCUCGUCUGGGCUCUGACGCCGCGCCUGCCGUUCCUGCAUGCCCUGGCCAUCGGCGCCUGCGUGACGCCCACUGACCCUGUGCUGUCCAAUGUCAUCGUCAAGGGACGUUUCGCCGACCACAAUAUCCCCUCGGAGCUGCAGAACCUCAUCAUCAGCGAGUCGGGUGCCAACGACGGCCUGGGCUAUCCGUUCCUGUUCUUCGCGCUGUACCUGAUCAAGUAUAUCGGGGAUGGCGGCGAGCAGGUGCCCGGCGGCGCGGGCCUCGCGAUGGGGUUGUGGUUCGGCGAGACUUGGGGGUAUACCAUCGUCCUUAGCGUCAUCUACGGCGCCGUCGUAGGCUGGUUGGCCAAGAGGUUGUUGCGAUGGGCCGAGAGACACAAGUACGUCGACCGGGAAAGCUUCCUGGUCUUUGCGAUCUCCCUAGCACUCUUCAUCGUCGGGACAUGCGGCAUGAUCGGUAGCGACGACGUUCUGGCAUGCUUUAUCGCGGGGAAUGCCUUCACAUGGGACGAUUGGUUCCGUUUGGAAACCGAGGACGACUCGUUCCAGCCCACCAUCGACAUGUUGCUGAACGUCACAAUCUUUAUUUGGUACGGCGCUGUCAUUCCGUGGGACGAUUUCCUCCACAACGAUGUGAUCCCGAUCCAUCGCCUUGUUGCGCUAGGCGUGCUUGUGCUACUGCUCCGGCGCUUGCCUUUCGUCUUCGCGGUUCACCGCUGGAUACCUCAGAUCGAGCAGGCGAAGCAGGCCAUCUUCGUGGGCUUCUUUGGUCCCAUCGGAGUGUCGGCCGUCUUUUAUCUUUACGUGACCAUUGAAUUCCUGCACACGCUGAACGAGGGCCACGAGCCCCGCGCUGAUGUCGCUCACAUGGCUGAGGCCGUCCGGGUCAUCGUCUGGUUUCUUGCCCUUUGCAGUAUAGUUGUCCACGGCUUGAGCAUUCCACUCGGAAAGCUCGGCUACUACGCGCCUCGUACGCUGUCCAGGGGCAUGUCCUUCAUGAGCGGCGACGGCGGCGACGACUCCGGUCCAUUCCGGAUUCGAGGUCGGGUAUUGUUCCCAUUUGGCCGGUCUCGAUCCGAAGGGGCCGAUGGGCCAACAUCUUUUGAUGCCGAGUCUCGGGCUUAUUCCCAGUCUGAAAACGAAGGAAGUCGGCCAAUCUACAGAAUUGGUGGCUCAGUCAUCCCCCAGCGCUCGGUGGGCGCAGAAGAAUCGGACGUGUCUGCUCUUGAGCCGAGACGGCCCGACCAACCGGGUCAAUAUCCAGGUCCCGAGCACGGAGGUGGUAGUGCUCAGACAAAGGCGGCUGAACACCUGUCACCGGCGCCACCGCCACCAGAGCUCCAAAGUCGCACAAUCCGCUUCCCGGAUGAGACACCCGUACCUCGGGGAUUGCAGACACCAUGA